AUGGGUAGCAGCCGCCGGCGGGGCGACCGCCACCUCAAGCUCCUGCACCGACUCCUCGCCCUCUCGUCGCUGCUCCUGCUCGCCUCCGGGGAGGUCAUCUUCGAGGAGCGAUUCGAAGAUGGUUGGGAGACUCGGUGGGUCAAAUCCGAUUGGAAGAAGAGCGAAGGGAAAGCCGGCAUGUUCAAGCACACGGCAGGAAAAUAUUCUGGAGAUCCUGAUGACAAAGGCAUUCAAACAACAAUAGAUGCUAGGCAUUUUGCCAUCUCAGCCAAGAUCCCAGAGUUCAGUAACAAGGGCCGGACAUUGGUAGUCCAGUACUCCAUAAAGUUUGAGCAGGAAAUUGAAUGUGGUGGCGGCUAUAUUAAGCUAAUGUCUGGCUACGUCAACCAGAAGAAAUAUAGCGGAGACACUCCUUACAGCUUGAUGUUUGGGCCAGAUAUAUGUGGGACUCAAACAAAGAAGCUGCAUCUUAUACUCUCUUACCAGGGGCAGAACUACCCUAUCAAGAAAGAUCUACAAUGUGAAACUGACAGGCUGACGCAUGUUUACACAUUCAUUCUUAGGCCCGACGCAUCUUAUAGUUUACUUGUUGAUAACCGUGAAAGAGAAUCUGGGAGCAUGUACACUGAUUGGGACAUCUUGCCUCCUCGAAAAAUUAAGGAUGUUGGUGCAAAAAAGCCUAAGGAUUGGGAUGACAGAGAGUACAUUGAGGAUCCAGAUGCGGUUAAACCCGAGGGAUAUGAUUCUAUUCCAAGAGAGAUUCCUGACCCAAAGGAUAAAAAGCCCGACACAUGGGACGAUGAUGAUGAUGGCAUAUGGAAACCUAGAAGGAUACCGAAUCCAGCAUACAAAGGACAAUGGAAGCGCAAGAAAAUUAAGAACCCUAACUACAAGGGUAAAUGGAAGAUCCCAUGGAUUGAUAACCCAGAGUUUGAGGAUGAUCCAGAUUUAUAUGUACUGAAACCUUUGAAGUACAUUGGAAUUGAAGUUUGGCAGGUAAAAGCCGGUUCGGUUUUUGACAACAUUCUCAUUUGCGAUGACCCGGAGUAUGCAAAACAGGUUGCCGAUGAAACAUGGGGUGCAAAUAAGGAGGCUGAAAAGGAGGCUUUUGAAGAAGCUGAAAAGGAGAGGAAAGCUAGAGAAGACAAGGAAGCUCAACAAGCAAGGGAGGAAGGAGAGCGACGGAGGAGAGAGAGGGGUGAUCGACACCGUGGCAGGGACCAUUACAAGGACAGAUACAAAAGACGCAACAGAGAUCACUGGGAUGACUACCAUGUAAGUUGUGAAGCAUCUCAUUCGUUCAUUUAA